AUGCACCCAGCGCUCGGCAACCCCCGUUCGGUCUCGUCCUUGUCCGGCUCCUUCCCGCCGCCCCCAGCCGCCGCCCGGCUGCAGCCCUUGUUCCUCCGGGGGGGCUCCUCCCGCGGCCGGAGAAGCUCGGGCGACAGCAGCACCAGCACCAGCACCAGCAGGGGGGGAGGCGGCGGCAGACGCGGCGGGGGCGGCGGCGGCGGCGGCUCCCCGAGCAGCAGCACGGGCGCCGAGCGAGAGGACGACGACGAGAGCAUCAGCAUCAGCAAGCCCCUGGUGCCAGCCGCCACCGCCGGGCUCCCUGGGCCCUCGGUUCAGGGGGGCGCCCCAGCCGCGGACUCUGCGCCCACUGCUUUCUCCUCCUCUUCUGCCACCUCGUCUUCCACUUCCACGCCCACCUCCUCCUGCAGCAUGACAGCCGCGGACUUCGGCGGGGGCGCUGCGGCCGGGGCCGUCGGGGGUCCUGGGGUUCGAUCGGCUGGGGGAGCGGGAGGGACCGGUACCGGCAGCGGCACCUCCUGCUGCUCGUGUUGUUGCUGCUGCGGCCGCUCCGCCCGAUCCGGCCGCAGGGGUCGGCGCCGUGGCUGCGCCCCAAGCCCCGGGUGCCGCUGGGGUUACCAGGCGCUGUCCGUGGUGCUGCUGCUGGCGCAGGGCGGUCUGCUGGACCUGUAUCUCAUCGCUGUCACUGACCUGUACUGGUGCUCCUGGAUCGCCACUGACUUAGUGGUGGUGGUGGGCUGGGCCAUCUUCUUCGCCAAGAACAGCCGGGGCCGUCGGGGCGGCCUGGUGAGCGGCGCGCACAAUCAUCACCAGCACCACCACCACGCCGCGCCGCCUCUCCACCUGCCUGCUGCCUCGGCCGCGUCGGCCACCUCCUCCGGGGCUGCGGCCGGGGGCAAGGCCCGUGGCGGCCGCGGGGGCGCCGGUGGCCCUGGGGGCGGCCUGGGAAUGGCCGGGACGGCGGGCGAGUUUGCCUUCGCCUACUUGGCCUGGCUCAUCUACUCCAUCGCCUUCACACCCAAAGUGGUGCUCAUCCUGGGCACGUCCAUCCUGGACCUCAUCGAGUUGCGUGCGCCCUUUGGCACUACGGGCUUCCGCCUCACCAUGGCCUUGUCUGUGCCUCUGCUCUACAGCCUGGUGCGAGCCAUCAGCGAGGCGGGAGCCCCCCCUGGCUCGGCGGGACCCUUACUCCUGCAGCCCCAGCAGCACCGCGCUGCGGGCUGCUUCCUGGGCACGUGUCUGGACCUGCUCGAUAGCUUCACUCUGGUGGAGCUGAUGCUGGAUGGCCGCGUUCCGCUGCCAGCGCACCUGCGCUACUUGCUCAUCGCGGUCUACUUCCUUACUCUCGCCUCGCCGGUGCUCUGGCUCUACGAGCUCAACACAGCAGCCGUGGCAGCUUCGUCCUGGGGCCAAACCUCGGGGCCCGGGAGCUGCAGCCGCCUCCUGCGCCUGCUGGGCGGCUGCCUUGUGGAUGUGCCCCUGCUGGCGCUGCGCUGCCUUCUGGUGGUGAGCUACCAGCAGCCCCUUUCCAUCUUCAUGCUCAAGAACCUCUUCUUCCUUGGCUGCCGCGGCCUGGAGGCGCUGGAAGGAUGCUGGAACCGGGGCAGUCGGGCCUCCCCCAGUCGGGCCAGGGGAGGCUAUGGCGCUCCGCCUUCUGCCCCACCACCGCCUCCGCCACCGCCACCACCUCAGGGAGGCUCCCAACUGGGCCACUGCAUCUCAGAGAAUGAAGGGGGUCCCAUAGCUAUGUAA